AUGGUUCUUAAAAACAAGAGAAAGAUCAGAUCGAAGACCGCAAGGAUGAUGCUGACAUGGUCACAUUAUAGAUUUAGGAUGUUUUUACACCACAAAGCUAGGGAAUUUGUGAGUUGUAAAGUUACCGAAUGUACCGAAGAAUACUCAUCUAAAACAUGCGGUAACUGCAGAUCGAUCAAUAAAAAACUUGGUGGAUCCAAGAUUUUUAGAUGUGAUUCUUGUAGUUUAGAAAUAGAUAGAGACAUGAACGGUGCCAGAAAUAUCUUACUCAAACGUAUCACAGAGGGUCAGGGGGUUAAGGAAUCAAGACACGGUAAUUUCUUGGGGUGUCGACCUAUCAUUAAUGGUAUCGCUCAACCUUAUGUUUGGCAAACAUAUUUUGAAGUUCAGCAACGCAUUGCAAAUUUUGGUUCAGGUCGAACUCUCUUAGAUAUGAAAGAGGCUUUGCCAACUCUUAAAACUCUUAUCAUCUCUGAUGAUGCUGAUCAAGAUCUUAUAGAUUACGCUAAUGAAUUAAAUAUUCAAAUUGUCAAUUUCGAGACUAUAGAAAAUGACGGGGCAAUUCAUCAGGCUGAGGAAAUCAACCCUAAACCUGAUGAUAUUGCUACUAUUUGCUAUACUAGUAGUACCACUGGAAUGCCCAAAUGUGUAGUUCUGACCCACAAAAAUUUCAUGUCAAUAGUUUGUAGUUUAAUAUUUCUUGGAAGCCAAAGAAAGAUGACCAAAAUUACCAAAGAUGAUGUACAUAUCUCUGAUAUUUUGAAAUUACUGGAUGAUAUCACUGAAUUGAAACCGACUAUAUUUAUUUCUGUACCAAGAUUACUUAAUAGGAUAUAUGAUAAAGUGUUGGCUUCAAUUAGUGGAAAAGGUAGCAUGACUCAAUGGACUUUUACAACUGCGUACAAUGCUAAGAAGGUCGGUCUAUCAAAAGGUCAAGUUGAUCACCGGAUGUGGGAUAAAUUAGUUUUUGUCCCUAUCCGAUUAAAACUAGGUGGUAGAAUUAAAGUAAUUUUAUCCGCUUUUGCGCCGAUUUCUCCUGAUGUGAUGGAUUUUUUGAGAAUUUAUUUUUCUGCUGAUGUUUAUGAAGGAUAUGGUCAAACUGAAAUGCUG